AUGCCAGAGGUUUGCAAAGUGGUGGAAGGACGACUCAGGCCUGAGCAUAUUAGGAUCUACGAAGCAGAGUUUUUGGCUGUUGAGGUGGAAACUUCCCUAUUUCAGAUGAACCCUUUAAAGGCUCCGGGGCCGGAUGGUUUACUGACCUUUUUCUUUCAAAAAUAUUGGCAUAUAGUAGUGGGGAACGACGUCUCCAAACUGGUUUUGGAAAUCCUUAACAAUAACAAGAACCCUGGUAUCAUUAAUAGCACUUAUGUGGUCCUUAUCCCCAAAUUCAAGAACCCCUCUAAACCUAAGGAUUUUAGACCUAUCAACCUUUAUAACGUGGUUAUGAAAUUGGUGUCCAAGGUUAUUGCAAAUAGAAUCAAGGUUUUCUUUCCAGACAUAAUAGAUGAAGAGAAAAGUGCAUUCGUUAAAGGGAGGCUGAUUAUGGACAAUGCGUUGGUAGCAAUGGAAUUCUUCCAUCGGAUGAAGAAGAAGGUGGAUGGGAAAAAAGGGUUCACGGCCCUUAAGCUUGACAUAUCGAAAGCUUACGACAGAUUUGAGUGGCCUUUCAUCACUGAGGUCUUGGUUUCAAUGGGUCUCUUGAAGAAAGUUUCGAUGGAGAAGGCGAUACAUGGCAUUCGGGUUGCACGGAAGUCCCCAAAGAUCACACACCUAUUCUUUGCUGACGAUAGCCUUUUAUUUGCUCGAUCUAACCAGGAGGAAGCGACUCGUAUCAAGGAAAUCCUUAAGGUCUAUGAAGGAGCAUCGGGACAAGUGGUCAAUUUUGAAAAGUCUGAAGUGUCUUAUAGCAGGAGUGUUGGGGAGUCCGUCAAAGAAAACAUUCGUAGUUGCUUGGGGGAGAAGCUGUCAAAGGCAAAGGGCUUGGGUGGUUUGGGGUUCAGGGGGAUUAGUGACUUUAAUGGCAGCUUGUUGGGGAAACAAUAUUGGCGCCUGUUGUCACAAGAGAACUCUUUGGUGGGGAGGGUUUUUAAAGGAAAGUACUUUUCUCGAGGAUCCAUAGAGGACUGUGAGUUAGGGUAUAAUCCUAGCUAUGCUUGGAGAAGCAUUUUGGGGGCAAAAGAUGUGGUGCAACGCGGCUCUCAGUGGAGGAUCGGGAAUGGGAAUAAGGUCAAUGUGUUGAAUGAUCGUUGGAUACCUAGCAACAAUGGUUUCAAGAUUCUCUAUGGUGCCAGCAACAUGGAUGAUAACGCUAGAGUUAAUGAUCUUAUUGAUGGUGACCUAGGGGUGUGGAAGGAGGGUCUCAUUUUGGAGAAGUUUUCUCCGGAUGAGGCGAAGAACAUUAUCAGUAUACCGCUGUCUAGAGUGCCGACUGAGGAUAAGAUUAUUUUGCAUUUCGAGAAGAGUGCGGAGUUUUCUGUUAAAUCUGCUUAUCACACGUUGCGGGCUCAUAGGGAUUCUCUUCUCCCUGGUCCCUCCUGUCAUACAAACCAUAAGCUUUGGUAUUUGAUUUGGAAAGCCCCCAUUCUGUCUAGACUUAGGAAUUUUUUAUGGCGUGCCGCAAAAAACAUUCUGCCCACGAGGGGGAACCUCCUAAGGAAAUGUAUUUUGCUUGAUCCUGUUUUCCCUUUCUGCUCUAAUGAUGUUGAGUCUGUGCAACACCUCCUUAUGGAGUGUGUUUUUACUAGGCAGAAUGCUAGGAAUGUGUUGGUUUUGCAGAACAAGAGGUGUUGUCCCGUAUCGGUUGCUGGUGGUGCGCUUGACAGCGUGCAUGAGUUUUGUAGGUCGAAUCCAAGCCUUGGUCUGAAAAAGUCGCAGGCUGCUGCGGAGCCCUUUGAGACCUUUACUCUCGACGUUCAUUUUGCACAGGUUGAUGUAGGAUGUACUGCGGAUGGAUAUACUGUCUAUGGUAGCAUCUUCAAGAAUCAUUUCAAGGAGGUCUUGUUGGCUGCGAGUAGAAAGGAGGGCAUCGAAGUUGAGGCAUCUCUUGCGGAGUUAUUGGCAAUCCGGUGGUGUAUUCAAUUGGCAAUUGAGCUAAAGCUAGACAAAGUUGUUUUUAAUCAGAUGCGUUGGCUUUUUAAUUCUGAUGCGCAUAAUUUAGUUGCGUUAGGUAAACUGUAUGGUUUCCGAACCUAG